UGUAUGGCAUGCACUUAUCAUUGAUGCAUGGGAUAGACAUAACUGUGCAUGAACAUAAACUUUUUAUUAUAAUACCAUAUUAAUAUGUCUGGAGGAAAUUUAAGAGCCGUAUUUUAUGGUAUACAAGAUAUUCGUUUGAGAGAUGAACAGAUACCAGAGCCAGGCCCAGGACAAAUACAAAUCCGUGUAGAAAAUGUUGGAAUAUGUGGUUCGGAUUUAACUUUCUGGAACCACAACAGAAUUCCGGACUGUGUGGAAGGUAAAGAUCCCUUUGGUAUAGGACAUGAGGGUGCAGGCGUUGUGUCGAAGCUAGGGGAAGGAGUCACUUCCCUAAAGAUUGGUGACAAGGUUGCAAUGGAUCCAUUGUCAAGCUGUGAAAGGUGCUACGAUUGUAAAACAGGACGGUACAAUUUAUGUGAGAAACUAUCCAUAUGCGGUUCCCCAGCAAAAUGGGGCUACAUGACAAGAUAUUUCGUCGAAGAAGCUAAAUGUUGUUUUAGGUUACCAGACCACAUAAGUACAGAGGAAGGUGCUAUGAUCGAGCCUCUUGCUGUCGCCCUACAUGGAUGUCGCCGUGCUGGAGUGUCUGCUGGAAGUAACGUCCUCAUAACUGGAGCAGGUCCUAUAGGACUACUGUCAAUGAAGGGCGCCAGGGCGCUUGGUGCCUCAAACAUUUGUGUAACAGAUGUUAAUGAAACUCGUGUAAAACUGGCAAAGCAGUUAGGAGCUGAUUAUGCUCUAGACGUGACAUCAAAAGGAGCAUUGGAAAUUGAAAAAAUGGUAGAGGAGUGUUUUGGAGAGAAGCCUCACAUGACAAUAGAGUGCAGUGGAGCACCGACUGCCAUUCAAGCAGCCAUAAGGUCUACAAGAAAUGGUGGCCGUGUUUCGCAGAUCGCACUAGGGGAAGGAAAUGUCACAAUACCGAUGAUUAACGCCUCCUUUAGGGAGGUCGAUAUCUUAGGGAUUAGGUCAAACCUGUAUUGUACCCCAUUGGCACUGGACCUUGUUGCUUCCGGUCAGAUAGACGUUAAACCUCUUGUUACACAUAGAUUUGAUUUGGAAGAUGUCGCAGAAGCUUUUAAAAAGGCAAACACACGUGAUUGUGGGAAGGUCAUGGUCAGAUGUAACAUGGACUAAUCAUAUUCUUGAAACCUCCGACUGUAAUAACAAAUUAAACAAAACUAGCAUUAACAUUUCAUCCAGAUCAUCUGUUCAAAUGUGAACGAAUUUAGUGUUUAUAACAAAAUAUAUCUUAUUGAACUGAGUUUCAAAAAUAGAAUAUUUUGAUUUUUGACCAAAGUAUUAUUUUGUUUGCUCAUCUGAGCACAAAGAACUAUUAAUAAAAGCUUUUAAGGCAGAUGGAUGUCGGUGGCGGUGUUUGUCAACAAGUCUCUUAAACCAUAGGACCAAAUUUGUUUGAACUUGUCAGGGAGAUUCGUUCACAGAGAUUCGUUCUCUAAGAUUUUCGGAGAAAAACAUUCAGCUAUUGCUAGUCAUGUGGUCCAGAAACUUUAACAAAAAUAAGUCAAAAAAAUUUAUGAAUUGUCUUAAAACAUGAACACCACAUGACAAGGCCUUCAAGAAGACCAUACAGAACUUGACCUUCACUUCAAGGUCAAAUGUUUGAUUUUUUUGCCAUAAUUGACAAUAACUUUGUAAUUGAUCAAUAGAUUGUCUUUUACAUGGACACAACAAUCCUUUGUUUGGGCAUGACCUACAAACAUAUUAAAUUGAUUUGACCUUCACUCAUCAAUGACCUUGACGGUCAAAUUAUUGAAUUAAGCUCAGAUUGUACUUUGUUUUCUAUUUACAUACUUGGUUUAUAGAACCCUUAAGACAAAACCCAGAUAAUCAGUCAUUCAAAUACGAUCUUGGCCUUAUCUGACCUUGACUAUCAAUGUCAAAUUAUUCAAAUUUGCUAAAAUUUUCAAAACUUUAUGUAAUCAAUAUUUGGACAAAAAAAAACCCGGCAAAACCAACAUGCUGAAUUAUUCUUUUUAAUUUACUUUGCCCGUCAAGGUCAUAUUUUUAAAACUUGCUUAGUCAUAACUUUUUGUUUUUUCUGUACAGAUUUGAUUUAUACUUGGACAAAAGAACAAAUGUGACAAAACCAACAUGUUGAAUUAUUCACUUAUGACCUUUUCAUUUUUAAAUGAACUUGAUGAACAUGUAGUCAAAUUAUAAAAUUAAGCAAAAACUG